GACGGAUUAAUCAGCGUACAUAUUAUGUCAGUCUGACGAUCUUUUUUAGAUAAGGUUUUAUUUUUCGAGAAAAAAUGAAAAUAACUGACAAGAUAAAUAAUAAUCUUGAAACUUCUCAACCUUUUUAUUCUUUUGAAUACUUCCCUCCUAAAACAGACGAAGGUCUGAAUAACCUUUAUGACAGACUUAAGCGUAUGUCCCACUUGGACCCUCUCUUUGCCUCGUUCACGUGGGGCGCAGGAGGGAGUACCAUAGACAGGACAACAGAAAUGUGUGCGACAGCUCAGAGCCUUUAUGGGUUAGAAAGUUGUAUGCACUUAACGUGCACAAACGUUGUGAGAGGAACAAUAGAGAAGGCUAUGAAAGAAGCAAAAAGUGCAGGCAUUCAGAAUAUUUUAGCAUUGCGUGGUGAUCCACCGCGAGGCCAGGAAUACUGGACAUCAUGUGAUAGUGAUUUUACGCAUGCGAUUGAUUUAGUAAGAUUUAUUAGGAAAGAGUAUGGGGAUUAUUUUUGUAUUGGAGUCGCAGGUUAUCCUGAAGGAAAUCCGGAUUCUGAAAAUAAAGAGCAAGAUUUAAAGUUUUUAAAGGAAAAAGUGGAUGCGGGUGCUGAUUUUAUUAUUACACAAUUAUUUUAUGAUGUGAACACAUUUGUGGAAUGGAGGGAUGAAUGCCGAAAAAACGGUAUAAAUGUGCCUAUUAUUCCAGGUAUUAUGCCAAUUCAGGGAUAUAAUAGUUUUCGGAGAAUAACAAACCUUUGCAAAAUACAUAUACCCGCGGAGAUAUUAAAUGUUUUAGAACCAAUCAAACAUGACGACCAAGCGGUUAAAGAUUAUGGCGUUACACUAGCUGUUUCUAUGAUAUCUAAAUUACGUAAUGAACAUAAUACACGAGGUUUUCAUUUAUGUACUAUGAAUUUGGAAAAAUCGGUACGAUUGAUCUUGGAGAUAUUAGGAUUUGUGCAGACGGAAGAAGAAAGAAAUUUACGACGUCUAAGUAGACGACGUUCGAGUGCUGGUUUUGGGCCAAAUGAUAUUAUAAGACAGGAACCUGAUGGUUCACUUCCAACUGCGAAACCAGUGAUAUGGAAGGAACGAAGUGUAGAUUAUUUAGGUAGACCGGAAGAUUGGGAUAAUUUUCCAAAUGGACGGUGGGGAGACGCAAGAUCUCCUGCCUUUGGUGAAUUGGAUGGAUACGGCGUGUCCCUAAGAAUUCCUCCUGAACAAGCAUUGGGAUACUGGCAAAGACCAAUGACACUAGAUGAUUUGAAACAAGUUUUUAAGUCUUAUAUACUUGGCGAAAUUCCUGCAUUACCGUGGUACGAAGAACCACUUUAUGCGGAAACUGAAGCAAUUCGAUCAAAGCUUGUUCAUCUUAAUGAACUUGGAUUUUUAACAGUUAGUUCACAACCGGCUGUUAAUGGAGCAAGAAGCGAUGAUCCUAUCUAUGGUUGGGGUCCAAGAGGAGGUUAUGUAUAUCAAAAAGCAUUUGUUGAAUUUUUUGUAAGUCCCGAAAAUUUCGAGGAAUUGGUUGAAAAAAUAAAAGGAAAUCCUUGGGUUACUUAUUGCGCUUCAAAUAGAAAUGGAGAUUUUAGAAGUAAUACAAAAGAUGAUUCACCAUCUGCUGUUACUUGGGGAGUUUUUCCCGGUAAAGAAAUUGUACAACCGACAAUAAUCGCAAAAGUUUCAUUUAAUACUUGGAAGGAUGAAGCAUAUGCCCUAUGGACAGAAUGGGAACAUUUAUAUCCGAAAGAUUCACCUUCACAAAGAUUAUUAAAGGACAUUGGAGAUAAUUGGUGGUUAGUUAAUCUUGUAUAUCAUAAUUAUGUAAAUUCCGAAGAGAUUUGGGAAAUAUUUUUUAAAUCAUAAAUAAUAAAUUAUAAAAUAAUUUAUAAUUUAUUAUAAAUCUAAAAUUAUUUGCUUAGCCGUAUUAAAUACUAAAUAAUUAUAUAUAUGUAACAUAUUUA